GCGAGGAUCAUCUGACUGCCAAUGAGCAUUGCCCUUCAUGGCCAAGCUUAGCUCAGGAGUUUCUAGCAGGAAGGGAAGUGGUGUUGGGCACCUGGCAGAACCCAAGAUACACAGACUUGGUGUGACGGUAUUUGCUAAACAGCUGCCAGAAUAUAACAGUGUCUCCACAAUGGCUUUCCCAAGCAGCCUCUCCUCUGUGCUGCUGUUGGUUCUCGUGACUUUCCAAGUGUCUUUACAAGCAGAUACUUUGGCUGAAGUAAACACAUCUCCAUCAAGCACAGUCAAACCAGUCUCUAGUAGUACAAAAGAAAGCUCACCAUCUUCAUUAAGAACAGUCAAGACAGUCUCUAGUAGUACAAAAGAAAGCUCACCAUCUUCAUUAAGAACAGUCAAGACAGGAACUGAAAUGAGUACCCGUCCUACAUCACAAGCUGGGUCUACAGGUUUUUAUACGAGCUCUCAUGUGGACAACACAACACAUAACACAGGUAGCACACAAAACAUUUCCAGUGGAAGCACUUUAGCAAGUCCUCACCCGUCCAUAUUCAGCACUCUUCAGUCAGGCUUAACAGAUACCUCUAACAGUUCCAAGACAAGCAGUCCAGUAAAUGGUACAAAUACAGAAGAAACCCAGGCAUCAAAGGGCCUGUCUGACAACCCUGGUUUGGUGGCCGUGAUUUGCAUUUUCGUAUCUAUAGUCUGCAUUACUAUGGUAGUCUUUGCCGUUAAACUGUGCCAGAAAAAAGAGCCAGAGUUUGAAAAGCUAAAUGAAGUUCCAAUGAAUGGUAUGAACGAAGAAGCUCCUUUCGCCCGAUACCCUCCAAAAUAACUUUUUCUGAUGGACAUUAUAGAAAUGGCAUUCUUCAAAUUCUUUCUUGAUGAGAACACUUGUUUCUGCUACUUAUAUUUUUAAAGAACUGAAUUUAUUUCAAUGCUGACGUCUUCAUUCAAAAUCCCUUUGUAUGAUACAUGUUUGGCACACAUUCUGUAGGGACACAGACAUGCAAGCUCCUUCAUAUGUAAACAAUCAUUUAACAUUUCAGUAAUCAAAAAAAACCUCACAAGUCCAUGAGGACAGCUUACUGGACAAACAAGUAAAAGCUCCAAUAAACACAAAAUAGCAGUCCCAAUAGUAGCAAUAAACAAACAACAAAAAUAGCAGAUAAUAGCAACAAAAAUGAAGACAUAAAAUAAGAUAUUCCAAUAAUCACUAGGGCUGCAUAAACAAAGUGAUUUAACUCGUAAAUGGGAGAUAUUUGAGCAGGAGAAUGCAGAGGCUCGAUCUAUACACCAAAACUGCUUCAGUAAACAAAAGUUGUUUUGAUACCUCUAGUGUCCCUUUAAGUAUAGUAGUAUCCCUUCAUUUAUUAAAU